CCUGGCACCCUGGCCAAAACAGCGGUGGAACCCGGACCGUUCGGAUAUGGGAGCCCUAGACCGAAUCGCAUCCCUGCUGUUGGCGGUUAGCUGCGCACUGGCCGAGUGGCAGCCAGUCGAUAAAGGAUUGGGCCAAGGCUCACCGAGGACGUUGGGCCUACUCGACCCCAACCACUGCGACCUAUACAAGGUGGUGAUGCACCAAGACCAAUUCUACCAGUACAUCCAGUACAAAGUGCACCUUCCAGACAUGAAGGAGUUCACACUCUGCUCCUGGCACAAGUUUUACAACCACUCGACCGACCACCCUCUCUUCUCCUACGCCCUGAAAGACCAACCUAGGGAGAUAGUGUCUUGGGUGAGCAACACGGAUAAGUCUAGCUUCUACCAAAUGGCCAUCGGAGGCCACACGAUCUACAGGCUCAACUACCCGAUCAAGUUGUUCAAGUGGCACCACGUUUGCCAGUCUUGGAACGGGAAAACUGGCGAGUGGCAGGUGUGGAUCGACUCGGAAAGGGCCGGCAGAGGUUUCUACAACUUACUGGUGGGGAAGAAGAUCAAGGGAGGCGGACUCGCGAUGACGGGACAGGAGCAGAGCCAAUACGGGGGCGGGUUCGGCGUGGCAAGGAAAACGAGCGGUCUCAUGGGAGAAGUGACCCUGGUCCAGCUGUACAAAGCGGCCCUCACGGCAGGAAAAGCGUACAACAACCACAAACACCAUCACGCGCACAAGUUCCACCACGAGGGAGUUGAAGAGGCGGAGCAGGCGUUGAUGAUGCCCGGCCCUGAGGCAACACCACUACCCGACGGUGUCACAGAGUUCCCCUUCCUCAGGGGGAUGCAACUCGUUCCCAGGCUGCCGGUACAGGAACUCGACGUGAUCCGCCAGAGGCAGCAGCUUGAUCUCAUGCAACAGCAACAGCUACAACAGCAGCUCCAGCUUCAGUUGUCGGAUGUGCGCUCCCCGUUCAGGUUAGCCAAGAGGGAGCAGAGCAAGAACGAUACCGAGGAGCCAUCGUCGAAGACGAAGAGGACAACCGAGUUCGGCGUCUUCCCCGGGAUCGACCUGUCAGGUCUGUAUACAGGCGAUGGGUUCAUGCUGGGCGGCGGGAGCCUGCAGAACCCUUUCAAUCUACAGCUGGCGGAAGAUGACGUCGAAGAGAAACCACCUAAGAAGUGGAACGAGCCAGCUGAAUGGGAGGUAAGAAGCAUAAUGGCGCUCUGCUCCGGCUGCGGUGAAGACCCUUUCAGGAAAGCGACCGUCCUCUCUUGGAGAGAGACGUCGAAGAAGCUCUACGCCGGGGCGCUAUACGUGCCCGCAGCGCAGCAGUGCCAUCACUUCUAGAUACUAUUUUCGAGUCCUACUCCUAUUUAUUAUAUAGUUUUAAAUUUAAAAAUAAAUACAAUUCGU